UCAAGUCAAAAAAUGAGGUAGCCUGUUAUAAUCGAUUAACGGUGCAGUUUGUUCCGAUAGCAAUUAGGUCAGCAAUUAAUUGUAGGUGAAUGAGUGAUUCACUCACUCACUCACUCACUGCUCACUGAUCGGCGUGUCCACUAAUAGUAGUGCCAAACAUGUGCAGAGUAAUAUUGCAACAAUCAGCAUUGGUAGCAUGGGAGGCGUUGGUGUUAUGCAUAAGCAAUGCUGACAGUUCAGAGUGCAUCAGCCCGGCUGGACCUACCGUUCGCCUUGAAAAGUGUUUGUGAAUUGCGGAGUGGGGGGAGGGUGAGGGGCGCCCCGAUUCGGUUACAUAACCAAGGAUCAAGCGUUACGUAAGUCUUUUGGAAGAGGACCCUUCAACUGUUCGGUUGAAACUUUGGUGCUUAACAUCAGGUGCCUGGGUUAAGGGGUCAACGAAAACUGUUAAAAAUGGAUUUAAUUUCAGGAGCAAGUAUCAAUCGUGCAGAAGAUGAUGAUAUUGAAAGCAACAAGGAAUCGGAAAAGUCGCUCACGGAUGGAACCACCGAAUCUAGUCGAGGAAGCUCAGUCAGUAGCUUCCGCCGUAUUAUACCCCAGGUUAUUGCCACAACGGUUCAAAGUCUCCUCCUCCUCGCUUUGGGCAUGAUGGUUGCCUGCCCCACUGUCAUAAUAGCGGCACUUCACAGGCCCAAAUCCGAACUACCCAUCAACGACUCACAAGCUUCGUGGUUCGCGGGGAUACUUCUGAUCUGCCAGCCCGUCGGCAGUAUACUAUCGGGCAUUCUGCAAGAGUGGUGCGGGAGGAAGAAGUGCAUGUUGUUUGUGAACAUACCGCAGAUUGUGGGUUGGUACCUGAUCUACCGCGCCGAGUCGGUUGACUCUCUGCUCGUGGCCGCCAGUCUGCUAGGGAUGAGCGUCGGUUUCAUGGAAGCACCCACGCUGUCUUACGUGGGGGAGAUCGCGCAGCCCCAUUUACGAGGCACCCUGGCUUCGUUCACCAGCACCUAUGUGUCGGCUGGGUUCUUCGUCAUGUACCUCCUGGGAACCGUGGCCACGUGGCGAAUGACCGCGCUCAUGAGCUGCACUGUUCCUGUCAUAUCUUUCCUUUGCAUCAUGAUGAUUCCAGAUUCACCAAUCUGGCUUUUGAACAAGGGAAGAAAACUGGAAGCAGAGAAGUCAUUGUGCUGGCUCAGAGGAUGGGUCACACCGCAAGAGAUCGAGCGUGAAUUUUCAUCGAUGAUAAGAUACUGUGAGGAUUCGAAGAAAGCAUACAAUCUGCAGAAAGCAACAAACAAUACACCGUACACUCUAGUAUCUUCUUCUCCAGAUGUAAUAACCAGUGAGUCCCGACUCAACCGAUUCUUCAGAGAUCUGAUUCGUCCUGAAAUCAUGAGGCCACUGAGGCUUGUAGUGUCUUACUUUUUCUUCUAUCAUUGCUCCUCUCUAUCUGGAUUCAGGCCUUACAUGGUCAACACCUUCACUGAGCUCAACAUGCCAAUCAAUCCACAUUACAUGACGAUAAUAAGUGCCAUUUGCCAGUUGACUGGGGGUUUCUGCUGCAUGGCCCUAGUCCAUAAAACAGGAAAACGCGUCCUGUCUCUGGUUUCGAUGUCAGCCUGUGUGCUGGCCUGCUUCAGCAUCGGAGCUUACAUCCUUCUCCACAAAUAUCAAUACGUGCAUCAGCCAUGGAUUCCAACAAUACUGUUCAUCUGCCUGUUCUUCUGCACAAACCUUGGAGUUUCACCAAUUCCUUGGACGUUGCUUGCAGAAGUCUUCCCAACUAGGGGAAGGGGCAUUGGAGGAGGACUCUCAGCGGCAUGUUACUAUAUUGAAUUCUUCCUUGUGUCAAAAACAUUUCUUCAGCUCCAAUCGGUUUUGGCGCUCUAUGGUGUGUGCUUCUUCUACGGAGGCUUGGGCGUUGUUGGUAUAAUCUAUUUGUAUUUUUGUUUGCCAGAAACUGAAGGUAAAAGAUUGGAUGAAGUGGAGAAGUUUUUCAAGUCAAACAAUGAAAGGAACUCUACUUAUUAACAAAUUUCUUACCUUCUUAUACACAUUAUUCACUCCUUGUCAGCACAAAACAUGAAAAAUCAAAAGAAACUAUCUAAAUCAAUAUUUUAUUAUGCUAAUAACUUGCAUCAUAUAUUUUUUCAAUUCAAUUACACCUUGUAAGCUUACAACGUCGUUCAAUUGGCGGGCAUUUUGGAUUCAUUGUUUUUGAAAGGCACUAUAUGUGAAUCCCUUCAACCAUAAUCAACAUCGAGAUUGAAUGAACUGAGCUCAGGACUGAUCUAAGAUUAUUACAUUUGAUUGUAGUUAGUGUCAUCCAGCGUGAUUUAUUAGCAUUGAAGUAUUUCGAAAGAAUUCAAUUCAACAUUGGUUUACUGUUGUUUCACAUUCAAUUAGCAUAGCUUGGCGACAUUCAGUUUUAUCUGUGAUACAUUUAUAUCGCUUUGACUAAUAAUGAAUUAUCAUUAUUGAAAAAAAGCAACUUUUUAUAUUUUUAUAGCCUUGAAAGUUUUAUUAUAUGAUUCAUUUUCCACUAGUCAGUUCAACUAAGCUGGUAUAGAUUGUUGGAAACCGUUUUAAGGACUAAACCUGAGUGCAACAUAAUCAAAAGAACAUAAUACAUUUUGAAAUGGUAAACUCGCCUAUCUGUCUACAACAUGAUAUGAUACAUCAUAUUUAGCUCAGAUCACUCCGUAUAUUCAUAUUACCUCAAAUUGUUAUGUAAUUUGAUUGUCUGAUUAGCAGGGUCUAAAGCUGCGUUCAAACUUAUUCCUUUGAUAAGGUAUGUUCAAUCUAAUAGAAUCUAUAAGGAAUAAGUUAUUAACAUUUUGUUAAUAACUUUGGUAUAAACGCCGCUUUAAUGUAGCAUGAUAGAUCUUUGAAGACGAUUAACACCCAAAAUACUAUUGAGAAAAUUUCACUAAUGAGUUUCCAGUUUUAUAGUCACAAGCUUUUUUUACUAUGAAUGAAUAAUAUAAAUCUCUGAGUGUAUCAACAAUUACGGACAAAGAAAAAGCACAAAAUUGCGAAUCUCUUGGAUAUUUAAAGGCUAAUUUCUUAUUAUUGCAAAAUUUGUACAUACAGACUUAAUGCUUUAGAACAUAAAUUAUUUUCCUCCCCUAUAUGGUUCCUCCACAUCUGAAUUUGCUGUGUUAUUACCAUAACAUGGAGAAGUAUUAUCAGUGACAGAGUUGCAUAUUGAUUGCGACCAUAAUGGACUGGAAAGAAUGUUACCAAUUUAAAAACUUUCUUUCUUUCAUAACAGUUUUUCAAACUUUUUUUAUCAAUGAAAUCUAGCUCACAUGUUUGUAUCGUAAGGAGAGAUAAAAAAUCACGGUAUUUUUUUGAAAAAGACCAUGGAUUUCCACUAGAAUUAUUAAGUAAUGGUACUCUAUUCAAUAUUGUUUUUUUAGUGUUCAAUGUAUAUUACUUUAUUUUAUAAAUUAAUUUGAUGCGGGUGCAGUAAUUGAAAACAUUCUAUUUUUUCAUAGUCAUGAUUUUAUACAGUAAUAAAUUUAAUGCAUGCAUUUAGUCUUUAUAAUUAUUUCUAGACUAAUUUACCAGAGCUAAUAUUUCUAGUUCAAUUUAUAGAAAAUGCUAUUUAUUACUUUAUCAAUGCACAUUAUAUAUUUGGAAAUAUAAAAUAGUAACAGUAUGUCCAGAUGAGAGGAUAUAUAUUUUACAUAAUUAAAAAAGACUGCUAUUAAGACUAAA